ACGGGAAGCUCAGGUUAAGAAGAGGAGAACCGAAGACAUCGGGUUAAGAAGGGGUUCAAUUGUCCGAACAAGCUUCCCAAAACUUAUAUUUUCUCAUUUUCUCCGUUCUACUCCACUAGAUCAUACAAACUCAUAAACCUUUCUUCGAAAACAGCUUAUAAGUCACAUAAUUUAAUCUUAUAAGCUCAAUGGCUCCCAAGAAAGCAAAGAAAGAUGUAAAGAAGGCGAAGAAGAGCACAGCUAGCGGAAGAACAGUUGUUCCUGUAGACACCAAAUUGAUUGAUUCUGAUUGGUGGGAUGUUUUCUGGGAAAAGAACUCUUCAACCCCAGGUUUAGUAAUACCUGCCGACGAGGAUGAAGGGUUUAAGUAUUUUUUCCGUAUGUCGAAGAAGACUUUUCAGUACAUCUGUUCUCUUGUAAGAGAGGAUCUUAUUUCUAGACCUCCUUCAGGUCUGAUUAACAUUGAAGGAAGGCUUUUAAGUGUAGAAAAACAAGUCGCUAUUGCUUUAAGAAGACUGGCAUCUGGUGAAUCACAGGUGAUUGUUGGGAUUUCUUUUGGAGUAGGUCAGUCAACUGUUUCUCAAGUGACUUGGAGAUUUAUUGAAGCGCUAGAAGGACGUGGAAAGCACCAUCUCAAGUGGCCUUGCUCCCUUAGGCUGGCUGAAAUCAAGUCCAAUUUUGAGGCAUCUUUUGGUUUGCCGAACUGCUGUGGAGCAAUCGAUGCGACACAUAUCGUAAUGACCCUUCCUGCUGUUGAAACUUCAGGUGAUUGGCGUGAUAGCGUACAAAACUACAGCAUAUUUUGCCAGGGAAUUGUUGACCAUGAGUUGAGAUUUCUUGAUAUUGUAACGGGCUGGCCUGGAGGAUUAACUAUCUCCCUGUUAUUGAAGUACUCGGGAUUUUAUAAGCUCUGUCAAGUAAGUCAGCGUUUAAAUGGAACUGCAAAAAGACUCUCCGAAGGAGUGGAAGUUCGCGAAUUUAUUGUAGGCGGAACCCACUAUCCCCUUCUUCCAUGGCUAAUAACUCCUUAUGAAAAGGACAACCGCUCAGAAGCUACGGAUGAGUUUACUGCCAUACAUGAUGCUGCGAGGUUUCUUGCAGUGAAGGCAUUCUCACACUUAAAGGGCAGCUGGAAAAUCCUAAACACAGUCUUGUGGAGACCUGAUAAAAAGAAAUUGCCCAGUAUCAUUGUGGUUUGUUGUUUGCUACACAAUAUCAUUAUUGACUGUGGAGACUCUUUGCUUCCAGAUGUUCCAUUGUCUGGUCAUCAUGACACUGGGUAUGUCGAACAACCUUGUCCGCAAGUGGAUCCACGUGGAAAGACCAUGAGGGAUGAUUUAGCAAAGCAUUUGCAGCUUAUAAAACAGAAAAUUGAAUGAUCAACUCAGUUUUGCUGUCUACUUACAAAACCAGUAUUUCUUCCCAGUAUUUCUUCCUGUGCUGAUCCUACUGGAGUCGGAGGCAAAUAUUGUCAUCUUGCCGUGGGAUAGAAUUGAAGGAUUAAUGAACUUCGAAGUCCGUGUUUUAGUAGCUUCAUUGUUUUACAGCUUACAAGUGUUGUACUUGUACAAGGAUGGUUUAGAGGAUGCUAUUUCUGAUAAUUAAAUUAGACAGUGAUUUGGAAUUUAAUUAUUUCUGAAAAAGUUGAUUAUUUAGUGUCUUCGCAUGACUA